UAUUCAAAAUUGAAUUAUAGAUCUAUAGAUCAAUAUGAUUUUUUACUAGCAAAAAUACGAUACAAUUCUUAUUAGUAAAAAAUAUAAUUCUGACUAGUAAAAAUUAAAUUACAGAUACAUUUAAUUCCAUUCAUUGCAUCAUGCACUGCGACCCAACCUCCCUCCACAGACACACUUGCAAUCUGUCUUCUAAUGCGCAUAUUUCAGAGCUGCAGAAAACGUUCAUGUUGUGAAAAGUGCCUUUGUUCAUUAACGAGUGUGGGGUUAUGAAUUAUGUAGUGCUUCCUAAUAAAUAGAUAGAUAGAUAGAUAGAUAGAUAGAUCUGAAUUUCAGCUGUCAUUUCCUGAUAUUUACAUCUAGAUUUGUUAAAUAACUUGGAGCAUGGCACAUUUGGUGGCAGACCACCCAAUUGGAACAGUCUUAGAGUAAAUUAGACUUAAUAUUUGGUUGCAUAUUCCUUGCUUGCUAUAUCUUAAGCCAGUGACCUACUAACAUCAAACUGUUGCAUUCUUCUUUUGUGAUGCUUUUCCAGGCUUGUACCACAACUUCUUUCAGUUACCGUUUGUUUUGGGGUUUCUCUAUUCAGUCUUCUCUUCAGGAGGUGAAAUGCGUGCUCAAUUGGGUUAAGGUUGUUGUAGCAAUUAACAAAGAUUAACCAAAGGUGCAAAGAUCACUCCAGAGAGCAGGGGUGUUGAGGCCAAUAGACUUUAUUCUUUCAAGAAUCAAGUUGAGCAGUUCUCUAAUGCUGCUCAGCUCUUCAGAAGUGCAUUCUUAUAUACAUUUACAUGAAAAAACUUCCACAUCCUGUUUUUAACAAGACACAAUAUUCCCAUACAUGUGUAUCUUGUUUUCGUAUUACCCCAUAUGUAUAUCUUAUUGUUUAAGGAAGCCUUACUCACUUAAAUUUACAGCUUUUUCCUGCUUUCCCACCUUACGCCGGAUACAUAUGCAUUUGUAAGGUCACAUAGGUCACUUUUGGCCCUCAGUGUCCCAUGCACACAGUUCCUGUUGGCAAGCCUGAGAUACUGGGUACAAUGAUACAUUUUGCACUAUAUAGGUUCAUACAUCUAUAACACUGAGAAUUAAACAUUAUCAAAUAUAAGUACACAUUUUGUGGUUAACAUUUUGUGGUUAAAACAUUCUAUAAGGUCUGGUGAUUGACUUGGCCGGUCUAAAACCUGCCGCUCUUUUGCCCUGAUGAAGUUAGUUGUUGUGUUGGCAGUGUGUUUUGGAUCACUGUCUUACUGCAAGUUCCUCCCAAUUAGAUUGGAAGCAUUUCUCUUUAAAUUGGCAGCCAGAAUGUUUCUGUAGACUUCUGAAUUCAUUCUGCUCCUACCAUGAGUUAUAUCAUCAAUAAACAUUACUGAACCUGUUCCAGAUGCAGUCAUGCAAGCCCAAGCCAUGACACUACCUCCACCAUGCUUGACCACUGAGCUUGUAUGUUUUAAAUCAUAAGCAGAUCCUUUCUUUCUCCACACUUUGGCCUUUCCAUUACUUUGGUAGAGCUUAAUCUUGAUUCCUUCUGAUUCUUACUGCUAAUGAGUGCUUUGCAUCUUGUGGUAUGGUCCCUAUAUUUCUGCUCUUGAAGUCUUCUUCGAAUGGUAGAUUGUGAUACUUUCAUCCCUGCCCUGUGGAGGUUGUUGGUUGUGUCACUGACUGUUGAUUCUUUGGCUGACCCUGUUUGAUGUCUGGUUGUAUAAAGGUGCUCCAGGGCCUAGUCCAGCAGGACUACUCAGACCUGAAAUGGGUGGUUUUGCAAUGGGUUGGCCACACCCCAGAAGAGUACCAUCAGCGUUUCCAUACGCUGACCUUCCACGAGCUUGGCCGACUUUCCCUCCCCCUUCCUCUCCCUCAGUGUCUGUCUCCUCUCUCCCUCAGGUGGGUGAAUCAGGGGCCGUAGGUGUGGGAGUAAGGCCUGGUCCAGUGUGCUGGCGCUGUGGAGAGGACCACUACCACAUGAUGGAGAUAGGGGUGUUGGCCGAGAUCCCCGACACGCCGCAGGCCACCCCUGAUCGAGCCAGGUCGUGCCGCAUACCGGUGGGUGUUCAAGGGGGUACCACGCACUGGUGGAUUCGGGCUGUAACCAGACCUCAAUUCACAAAUGCCUUGUUUGAGCCUGAAGAUCCAUCGAUCUCAGCCCGCAUCCCUGCAUGCCUGUCUGACAUCUUAGACUGGAUGAAGGAACGCCACCUUAAGCUUAACUUGGCAAUCCCUGCCUACCCCUCAUUCAACCACAACCUCACCGCACAGCUAGGCUCAACCACAAUCAAGCCAACCAGGACAGCCAGAAACCUUAGGGUGAUUUUCGAUGACCAUUUGAACUUUCCAGACCACAUUUCAACUGCACAGUCCUGUAGGUUCAUUCUGUAUAACAUCAAGAAAAUCAGACCCUAUCUCACUGAUCAUGCCACACAGCUAGCCCAUGUUCAUGUUAUUUCAAAACUGGACUACUGCAACACACUACUCCUGGGCCUCCCAGCCAGCUCCAUCAAACCCCUUCAGAUGAUUGAGAAUGCAACACCUUGUUUUCAACCAGCCCAAAAGGACCCAUGUCAUACCCCUCUUCAUCUCCCUCCACUGGCUUCUUGUAUCCGCCUGUAUCAAUUCAAGGCCAUGAUGCUCACAUACAAAACCUUGUCUGGAACAGCACCCCCUUACCUCAACACUCUCCUUGAGGUUUAAGUUCCCUCCUGCAACCUGCGAACAGUCAAUAACCAAUGCCUAGUAGUGCCUACUCAGCGAGACAUGAGGUCCUGUUCUAGAAACUUCAAACUGACUGUCCCUCAGUGGUGGAAUGAACUUCCAACCUCAAUCCGGACAGCAGAAUCUGUCACUAUCUUCAAAAAACAGCUAAAGACCCACCUCUUCUCUGAACACUUAACUUGUCCCCACUCUGAAAAAAAAGUACUUACACUGGCUCUUACACCUCUACUCUGUGCACUUUGCUCCUCUAGAACUCAAUUAAAAAUCUUACAUGGUGGCACUACUUCUAUUGUUCUCUGCUUGAUAUCAUCUCCUC